GGUUCUUCGCGAGACUUUUCACGGAAAGUAGUCCCCGCGGACGCAGUUUAGCAGCUGGUCUCUCUGGUCCUUUUGUCACUUGCAGCUAGCGGUGGCUUCUCUCAGAGCCCACGAAACCACUCCUGUUCCUGGGACCCCGAAGAAGAUGCCUGGGAGGGUUCGGGGUGCGCGCGGACACGUGCCGACGGUGGCGGCGUAGACAUUCGUAGAGUAACGCCGGAACUCCAAGGAGGCGGGGCUGGAGAUUUGAAUCCAGCGGCGGGCGGCGGUGGUGCUGAGACCAAGUUGGUUCUACGGCCUGAGCUGGAUCACCCAUGUGAUUUUUAAAAUGCAGAUGGAUACCAAUUCAAAAGACAGCGAGCCCCCUGAAACCAAGGAAUCUGCUGUUAAAAAUGCUGAAAAUGCCACUUUCAUUUUGGGCAAUGAAACUCCUCAGAAUCAUGUAGCUGAAGCGACUCCUAAUCCUUGCACACCAGAUACUUUUAAAUUGCCUUCGAACUUUUCCACAGUAACUGCAGAGCAGUUGAGAACGAAAACUGAAAGCUCUGUAAAGAACUCUUCAGGAAAGUUAUCAUCCUACCUUAAAAAGUCCAGACGACGCUCUACAGUUGGUCUUCGGGGCUCUCCUGAAACAAACAGUCUUAUUCGUUUCAUUGCCCAACGACAGAAUUUGAAGAAUGUAGAGAAGUCUCCUUUGACACAGAAUUCUGCUUUUCUGGGCAGUCGUGUAUUGUAUCGAAAUGUUAAUUCUUUAAAAGAAAGAAUGUCUGCCUUCCAGUUGGCUUUUCACUCCCUAAACGAAGAGGAGAAAAUGACUGGCCGUCCUGGAUUCUCAGAGGCAGCAGAGAAGUUGGAGACGACAGGCUUGAGCAAAAAUGAAAGUCUUGGUGAAUGUCAGCAGUCUGAGUUCCCUGCACAGUUAUCCAAACCUCAGGGAACGACUUCACGGAGCAACUCUGAUGAAAAUCCAGCUAAUGCAAUUGAUCUCCAGAUAGUCAAUAUCGAUGCUCUUCCCAAUACAGACAGAACAUGUGCUGUUGCUCCUUCUCUUGCAGAUCUUUGUGAGGAAUCUUCUGAAUCUGAUUUAAAGCAGUCUGGAUAUUUAGUUGAAGAGUCUGUUCCACUUUCAGAGCUCACAGAGGCUUCAAGUGGAAUGCAAGUUGCCGACCGCAUAGAGGGCAGAGGACCAGCUGAUGCCGUUUCACCUGACGACUGUCCAGCAGUGAGCACAGGCACAGCUCCUGGGCUCAGGUCGCCAGUUACCCCACUGAGCGAGAGGGACACACCAGCCAUAGCACUUCGAUCUGUGCUGAAGAAACCGUCUGUCAAGCUGUGUCUGGAAAGCCUACAGGAACACUGUGACAACCUCUGCGAUAAUGGGACUCAUCCAAGCUUAAUCUCAAACCUUACAAACUGUUGCAGAGAACAAAAAGCAGAAGGUCAAGAAAAUUAUAAAGUUCCAAUCUUUAUUAAUAUGAAGAAGAGGAAGAGAGUUACUUUUGGGGAGGACCUAAGCCCUGAAGUGUUUGAUGAAUCUUUGCCAGCAAAUACUCCACUACGUAAAGGAGAAACACCUGUUCGCAAAAAGGAUUUGAGUGGCGCCAGUCCCCUGCUAUUUGAACAGUCACCAGUCUCUGAACCAUUACCUCAGCCAAAUUUUGAUGACAAGGGGGAGAAUCUUGAAAACAUAGAACCUCUUCAGGUAUCAUUUGCUGUUCCGAGUCCUCUUAGUAAGUCUUCAGUAUCGGAGACUCUUUCAGGCACAGAUACCUACAGCUCUUCAAAUAACCAGGAGAAAAUAUCCUCCUGUAAGAGAGGUAGAAGAACACGGACCUCCAACAGAAGAACUCAAUUGAGUAGUUUUUCAGAAGAGAGCGUUUGCAGUUUAUUGAAUACAGAAGCUCAGCCUUGUAAAGAAAACAAAAGUAAGAGGAGGAAAUGUCAAGAAAGCAAGCACACCGACAGAACACUUCCUAAAAAGAGUCGGGUUUUAAAAAGCUGCAGAAAGAAGAAAGCAAAGCGGAAGAAAGGUGUUGACAAGUCUUUAUACAAGGGAAGAGACUUUGCUUCUAAGAAGCCGCUCCUAAGUCCUAUUGCAGAGCUGCCCGAGGUGUCUGAGAUGUCGCCUUCGGUUCCAAGAGUCCAAAGGAUGUAUUCAGAUGAAUUCAGUUCAAGUGGUGAACUUGAAGAAGUGAAGCUGCCUGAGAGAAAGACUCUUUUGCCUCAGAACUCAGAAGACUUGCAGAUGAAUCAAGACUCUAAUAAAUACGAUGUGUCUGAAUUCUGCAGCUCUUAUAUAAAAAGUUCCUUUCCGCUUGUUAAUGCUGCUUUUGAUUCAAACAUAAGUACUAUAGAAAUUCAUGAAAAUAAAAAUAUUCCAAAAGCAGAAAGUCAGUUGGAAAGUGAAAAUGGACUAAAAACCGGGACCAGGAAUGAAAACAGUCCUAUUUCUUAUGCUUCUUUGAUUAAAAAACCCAUUGUAGCAGAGAAUCCAAAAUCUAAUUUUAUUCUACAGUCCCAAGAAUUUCCUGCUGGUUGUCCAAAUGGGGUAAACGUUUUCCAAAGCUUUAAAAUUUCGGAAGAUAUAAAGUGUGAAAAACAGGAUGACUUCUUAGUAGCCACUGAAGGAAACCUGCUGACCAAGUCUUUAAUGUCUGACUCUCAAAAAGAGGAUGAUGAUUCAGAAGAUGUCUUAAUCGCUGGUCUAGAAGGAAAUAAAAGUCAGAGCGAGGGUUUGGGAAGAAACUCCACGGAAAGUAGCAGUGGCCUAAGCUGUGAAAGGAAACACAGAAGAUGCUCUAUGUGUUAUUCAGGUGGUCAGAGUUUCCAUUUGGAAAACAGUGGAAAUCACAAACCUUCCUGCGGGGUGGACAGCUCUGUAGAACUUAGUUUAGAAAAGUCUGAACUGUGUAAAGAGUUAUCUAAUGCCAUAGAGCAAACCUUUCAGAGAACAAAUAGUGAAACAAAAGUCAGACGUAGCUCAAGGCUACAAAAAGAUUUGGAAAAUGAAGGACUUGUAUGGAUUUCACUUCCGUUUCCUUCCAAUUCCUACGCUUCCCAAAGUACCAAAAGGAGAACAGUAUGGACAUUUGACAGCACAGGAUUUGAAAGUAUGUCCCCCAGAAAAAAAAUUGUGUCUUCCAGACCAAAAUCGGGUGUACAGCCCUCCAUAUCAGGUCAAGAAAACAGUGAGAAAUUUGCCACCGAUUCUUUGCGUUUACCUGGGAGAAGGAGGAAGAGCUUUUGUACAUCUGCACUUACAAACACUGAAAAUACUAAGUCAAAACGCGACAGAAGAACCUCUCUCAACCAGAAGAGAGAGAGUUCCCUAAAAUGACGACGGGAGAAUUAAACAUAUCAGAGAACUACAGCCAUAACUGACGUUUCCUGCAGAACUUUGGCAAGAGAGAAGAUAACCAUGCAUGCUUAAAAGAUUCUUUCCUUCUGGUUCCCAUUCUUUAUUCAACUUCAGUGUUUUAAACGUUUCCAAUAAAAUCAUCGAAUCUACUUUUAAGGAGAAAUAAGUGAAUUUCAUUCGAAAAGAAAACAUUCUAUUAAACAAGACCUCCCCUCAUGUUAAGUGUUUUAUUAGUAUUCUGCUAAAAAAGUAUUGUUUUUGGACCCAAAAAUAUGUCUCUUAUUUCAUGUUAGUACAUAUUUAGUACAUUGUAAAAGAGCAUCUUUUAGAAUUGACUCAUCGUAUCUGGACAGAGGAGGUUUUUUUUAACAACAACAACAAAAAAAAUGAUAGGAUUAAUGUAACUGAAAAUUGAACGUUACUAUACGGUUGAAAGCUGUUAAAAAAGUGAGAUGAGUUGUGUUUUUAUUUUAAAAUCUUGCCAAAAACGGGUUAAAAGUUUUAACAGGAAAGAUGGAAAUUAUAAAACCUGUUUUCCCUUUGGUUUACAGCUAGGAGAAGCUUAAAUGACUUUAUCUGUCUCCAAUGAAAUUUUUAUUUUAAUACUUACAGAACAGCAUUUUGGGGGAAAAGUCUGUCAUUAUAAAAUAAAAAUAUAAUUUAUAAAUAACUAAUGCGAAAGCAUUUUGUCCUUGAAACAAAAUUCUUACAUGAUUUGUGGGGUGGGAGAUGGGGGAUCGGUUUUUGAUGAAAUAUAGCGGUUUAGUCGAAGACUUAUUUCUCAGGUUAUUCACAUUAGUUAGAGGUAAUUUCACAUUUAAAUUCAUAUUUUCCGUAAUUUUUUUUUUAAAUUUAGAAACGCAUCGGAAGCAGCCCUGGAGAAUGAGUUUAACUUGAAGUGUGGUGGUAGGCCACUGAUUUCUUUUUUAAAGUGGCAUUUUCCAGCCUUUCUAACUUAAUUUACAAUACCAAAUACUGUCACUUGUCUCAGAUUUUCUAGUUAAGCCUCAGCCAGAUAGUUAUAGAUCCUAUCUCCAUUUCGGUGAUAGCAGUUUGAAAAUCUUAAUUAUUAUGUAUCUGGAAUUUGUGAAUGUGAGUAAAUCAUCGUAUCAUUAAACAAUUGUCUUUGGAAUCCUUUAAAUCAUUAAACUCCCCCACUCCCUGAUAGCAGAAACAUGUUAACAAAUAGAGUUCUCUAUAAAUAACACAACAGGGAAGAAAGCCCCUGCUGAGCACCCAUUUCCCCUCCUCAGAUACAGACUAUUUGUUACCUUCUUGGCACCAAUAGGUCUGGAACUCCUGCUGCUAAAAGACUAAUGUAUUUUACAUUAACACUCGAAGUGAUCCCCAAUUUCUUCUGCUAAAGAGUUGAUUGUUUAAAAAUUUCUUUUAUCUUCACACGUGAAUUAUUUAUGGACUUUUUUCUCCCCCGUUUAUAGUUUAGUGUGGCUGGCAAAUCUAUACCACUGGAAACAAACCAAAAGAAAAAAGAACUAAUUAACUUCUUAUGAAGCUUUUGUUUUAAAGCGUUUAUAAAUAUAUAAGAUGAUAGAGGGCUUUAUUUUUUGUUAAAUUUUUUAUAUUUCUCCUUUGUUUAACAUGAAGACUGAAAAAACUUAUUUUCUCCCCUUUUAAUUGUAUGAUGAUCUAUAAUCUCAAUUGUAUUUGAAUUUUUAAAAUAUCACAUGCUUUGUUUUAUUUCUCAAGAGGUACUAAAGAAUGAGGGAAACAAACAUUUUGGUCUUUUUUGGGGCUUGAUUUUUCAAAUGUGCAAUUGUUCUCAUUUUCCGCCAUGGACAGUUAAAAAUAUAAACAAGUUGUGUUGCUUUCAGAAUGUUUUAGUGAGAAUAUUUUGUUGAUAUUUGUAAAUAACAAAUAGACAUUUUUUCCUAAAGAGAUCAGAUCUCAGAGAUCAAAGCAACUUAGACACAGUUUUAUCCUUUUAAGUCUUAUUUGCAGUGUAAAAUUUGUGAAAAGUUAAAGAUUUCUGUGUUUGACCUGCUCACUUGUUUUUAACAUUUUCUUUUCACUAGUGGUUAAAUUAAAGACUAGUCUUUAAAGUA